CUUGAACCGGUCGGUUCGGUUGCUGGUUCGCUGAGUCCUAUCCGGGGUGCCGUUGGCUUUCGGUUUUCCUCCUAAGUCCAAGAAGGAGUGAUGUGAGACAAGGAUUAUUAAGAUUUCGUGCCGAUAAUUGAACUUUGAUCCGCGAACGCGAUUUUAGCUGAAGAUCACUUGGAGCAGAUUGUAAUCUUGGGGCUCUGUCGUGAGUUUUGUGAUUUUGGAGUGUGCGAAGCAUGGAAUCAGCCAGAAAAAAGUAGGUAGUAAAUGACUGCCUUUGUGUGGAAAUUGUUGCGCUAGCGUGACGAAGAUGAUUUGUGAAAAAGCUAAAUGCAUGUGUGACGUGGCACGGGGCGUGAUGCCGUGGUCGACCAAAUUGAGCUAAUUGAGUGAAAAGUGUUUGAUUAAUUGAGGUUAACCGCAACGGUGGAUUGGCGUGACGGUUAUGAUGUUGCAGCAUCGUUUUUAUGCGGAAGAUCUUGGCGCGCAACCCGCAAGAACCGUUCCUUGGAGCAAAUCUCAGUGCAGCGAAAUAAAUUAGAAAAAUGUGAACACAGAUUUAUCGCUAAUGAAAAACAGUGUACUUAUCACUAUUUAUAAGAGGACGCAAGAUCGAAAACGGUGCAACAGGGAAGAAAAAAAAGUAAUAAAAGCGAAAUUGGCUCCUUGUUGGCUGCCUAGAAGAAAACGGCGGUAAAGUGCAUCCCCAAUGCAUUUAUAGAAAAAACGUGAAGAGAAGAAAAGUGCAUCCAAAGUGCUGGUUGGAAACAAAAUCGAUUACAAAGGCGGCGACCCAUUCGGUCGGAAGUGGAAAAUUGUUUCAACGUCCGUUUAUACACCGUUUUUCUCAAAACUUAUUACGGCGAAGGAGCGGAAGCAAAAAAAAGAAGUGAUGUCGGUUACUGGGUGACGAAGCACGAUGGUUACUUAAAAGUUGGAACACUCAAUUUCGAGAACGAGUAAAAUUUUGCUGGCAGAUUCCGCGCAAUGUGUUCGCCUCAGCUAAUAGCCUAUAAACGUGCAAAUAUUGAACAACCUCAAAACGGUACCAACAGCAAGAACAACGCUCUGAUGGAGCCAGUGAUAAUGUUUUCUAUGUGCCACCAACCAUCAACACUAUCUUCAUCGUCUUCCAUCAACGUCGGCGACAUCAACAACGGUGUAGUUGAGGCAUUGGAGCACGAUUCCGACGACGUCCGAUCUCCAAUCCGAGUGUCACCUCAUUGAAAAGCACUUCAACGGUAACCGGCAUCGGUAUCCUUUUUAACGGCUGCCUCUUUGUACCUGUAGGACGGUGUGCGAACGGCGCGGAGUCACCAAGUCAGGAUGACUUUCCACAACUUCGACGACGUUGGCAGUGGCACGAUAGAAUCGAACUGGACAAACGCCACAACCACUGCCAGGACCACGACCACCCUCCUCACAGCACUUCUGACGACUUCCCUCGGGACGUCAUCGUCGGAACUUGGUGUUGUUCCAUCGACCGCCACAUCCACCUUGCUGGAUACCGGUUGGUGGACUGACUACGGAAAUGGCACCGCGCUGGAGGGAUACGCUGGCGUUAGUGCGAGGUGGCCAUUCACCGGUGAAAACUAUUCGACCCACGGAAAUCAUGGACUCACCGGAGCGGAGGAAAUCGUACCACCGUACGACCGGUGUGAUCCAAGAAACGAAAACUUCCAGUGCACCGUGCAGGAGUUUCUCGAGUACGCCCGGGGACCCCAGCAGAUGCCGCUGUCGACAGCGCUGUUGGUGACCAUUCUCUUCACGGGGAUCCUCAUUACCGGCGUCGUGGGCAACUUGAUUGUGUGUCUAGUAAUAAUUCGACAUCCUCAGAUGCACACCGCCACCAACUACUAUCUGUUCAGUUUGGCAGUAUCCGAUUUGAUCCUGCUGCUGUUGGGUCUGCCGUACGAAAUCAGCCUCUACUGGCACCAGUACCCGUACAACCUGGGGUUGGUGUUCUGCAAAAUGCGCGCUCUCAUGUCGGAGGCAUCGACUUACGUGUCGGUGUUGACGAUAGUGGCCUUUUCGAUGGAACGGUUUCUGGCCAUCUGUCAUCCAUUGCACCUGUACACCAUGUCCGGAUUGCAGCGCCCGGUUCGCAUCAUUGCCGGCCUCUGGAUCGUCAGUCUCUUCAGCGCAGUGCCUUUCGCCGUGUUCACCGAUAUCGAUUACAUUCUCUACCCACCGACCCAAGAGAAAAUCGAGGACUCGGCUUUCUGUGCGAUGCUGAGCAAUCCGGAAGGAAUUCCCCUGUGGGAGCUGUCGACAUGCCUGUUUUUCGCCGGCCCGAUGGUGGUGAUGAUUGUUCUCUACGGCCGGAUGGGAAUGCAAAUCCGCUCCCGAACGCAACGAACCGAGGAACUGGGAGUGCGAAAUGGUUCCAUUAACGGUCCUAAGGUAUCUCAGUCGAAAAAGGCGAUUAUCCGGAUGCUAGCUGCCGUUGUGAUAACGUUCUUUGUGUGCUGGGCGCCGUUUCACGCCCAGAGGUUGCUCUUUCUGUACGCGCGGGACUGGCAGCACUUCAACACGGUCAAUACGUGGCUGUUUUCCGUCGCGGGAUGGCUGUACUACGUUUCGUGCACCGUCAAUCCCAUCCUGUACAACGUGAUGUCCCACCGGUAUCGGGUCGCUUUCCGGGAGACACUUUGUGGCCGGCGGCGAGGCUUUGGCACCAGCUUUGCGCGGGAUCAAUCGAGCUUCCGCGAAACGACGGUUGACGUGAACCUGGGCUGCGAGAGCUCCAAGCUGCUCCGGGCUCGAUCGAUGAUGCAAUCUAGCAAACGGUCCCGCUACAAAGGCGCUCUCUACACGUCCAACAGCGUGCGAUACAGUGGCGACCAUUACAUCCGGCGGAACUCCCUGCAGAUGGGCGGCCACAUUCCGGGAAGUCGCGCCUCGCUCUCACCAAACAUGCCAAGCGACGUCGUGGUCAUGCUGGAAAACAAGCUUAGCGGUCGAGCACGUUGCUACACCACAUCGGCCUCAACGCUGACGACGUCCACAACGACGACCACGAUGACCACCGCCACCACCGGGGAAAACAUCCUCAAGGUACCCCUGAUAAGCAUCAACGGUGGCACGGGCUGUCUCGUCAACAAUAAUGUAAAUAGCAUCAACAACAACUCCACCAAUAAUGCCAUCAUUCCCACCGACAACAGCAACAACAUCAACCGUAGCAUUAGCAAGGAAAACAACCUUUCCAACGCAUCCACCCCGGUUCCGUCUUCUCGGGCGUCGACCAGCAGCCUGUCAAUCGAAAUGGCACUCGAUACCAGCAGCAAACAACCGCCACCUAACCGGAACGACUUAUCCCUGUCUGACCGAACAGACAGCAACGAUUCCCACCAGCACCACCCUCAACAGCAUCCCAAUCCUAAUCAUCAAUUAAUUAACGGCUACGGAAGCGAUAAAAGCGCCAGUCCUGCUGGAAGUGCUGUGAUGCGUGAGACAUGUAUUUAACGGCUACCUUCAUCAUAGCAGCUACCACCGAGGCCUCCGCCAAACAGGAUGACAACGACCCCAAGAAUAGCCGCAUGGUCAGCUCAGUAUCGAGGAAUGAAACCCGAAGCGACAAGCCGUUAAAGCUUGCUCUGCUUCAAUUAUAGAUAUUGCUGCAACGUGAUAAGAUGGCUCGCAACGGCGUAUCGUCGUCGUGUCGAUUGGUCGAUAUGAGUAAAAUCGAGAGAAAUGUGGCAAUGAAAAUUGAAAAAACUUUAACGUUCAACGCUCCGUCAUCGUAAUCAUCGAACUUCAAAAGUAGUUUUUCUGUUCAAAACUAAAAAUUAUUCG